AUGAACACCUCUCAGCUUUCCCGCGAGAUAUUUGCCUUGAACUUGAAAUGGCAAAAGUCUUUAGAGUUUUCUGCAGAUGGCUCUUUGCCUGGAGCCUCUGAAGACGGCACACUUGAGGCAAUCGCAGCGGGACUGCAGGCGUGUGCAAAAGAAAUUCAAGAAAAAUGGAGUGUGGAGCUCGCCCUAGCCAAAGACGCGCAGGGCUGGGGGCCCCCCCAAGCCGCUGCAGCAGCAGCUCUCACUCAGGCUCUCCUGGGCAAGGAAGGCUUGCUGGGAACUGUUGCUGCCGCUGCGCUGCAGAAGGGGCCGCAGCAAGUGACCCUCAAGAAGCUCGCGCUGGACCUUUGCCGCACUUUUGUCUCACUUGAACUCCCAGCUGCUGCCCCUGUGGACUCUGAGGCCCUUGCGGAGCUAACAGAAAGCUGUCUCAGCGCUGCAGCUGUGGACCCGGCCCACAAGGUCAAGCAGGCGGCGCUGAGGCUUCUGCGGGCGGCCUUUGCUCCUGAGACAAGUGGGGGCCCCUGGGGCCCCCCCUGGACUGCGUUGCCUCUGCCUGCUGCUGCGCUGCAGCACCUGCUGCACCGCCUAGCAGCAGAACUCAGCUGCAGCGACAAGCGGGCGGGCUCUACUGUCCGCGCCGAGCUUUUGCUGCUCUUGGGUGGGCGCCUUUCCCAAGUCUUCAGAAGACCCGGAGCUUCCGUGAUGAGCUCAGUAGCUGCGCUGCUGAGCCGCCUGCGGAACUACCCCGAGCUGACUGGCCCCUGGCUACUGCCAGUACUGCAGCAAAUCACCUGCCGCCUGGGGGCCCCAGAAGGGAAGCUCAGCGCAGCCCCCACGGAGGCCUUGGGGGCCCUGGAGGCGCUGCAGCAGCUGCUGCACAGCCACAAAACCCUGGGGGCCCUUUUGCCUGCAGAGGUGUGGGGCCGCGUCUAUGCCUACGCCGUGACUUUGGGGGCCCCCGAAGGCCAGGGAGGAGCCCAGGGGGGCCCCCCCGGGGGCCCCCAAGGAAGCGCGAAGUCAUACCAGCAGCAGCUGCUGCAGCCUGCUGCCUUAGCCCUCCUGGCCGCCGGGGCAGAGACCUUUGCACCUUUUCUAGACAAAGAUAUUUCCCAGGAGUUUGCUGCUGCAUUGGAGGCGGCGGGGGAGGGGGAGCUUCCCCCAAACAAGCUGGGGGGGCCUGCCUACUGCGCAGCCAGCAGCAGCAGCAGCAGCAGCAGCAGCAAACAGUGCAGCAGGUGGGGCACCCUGCUAGACCGCCUGCUUGGCUUAGCCGCCUCGCCUCAAGUCUCCGUUGCAAAUGCAGCAAGGCGGGCCCUAGCCCGCAUAAUGCGGUGCCUGUGUGGCUCAGUGGCUCUGGGGGCGCCAGGAGCAGCAGCAGCAGGAGCAGCAGCAGCAGGAGCAGCAGCAGGAGCAGCAGCAGCAGCGGGGAGCAGCAGCAUCCGCGGCAGCAGCAGCAGCUGCGACGAGAAACUAAAGAGGCCCUUGCUGCUGUGCGCUGUCCCGCUGCAGCUCUUUGGGGCCCGCCUUGUCUCUGAGCUCUGCAGCGCCAGUUUGCUGCCAGCAAAAGAGGCUGUGUCUCAGCCUGAAAGUUGGUGGCAGCAGCAAGGAUGCAGGGCGCUGCUCGUGCCGCACUACAUAGGCAUGUUAUCUGCUGCAGAGCAGCAGCAGCAGCAGCAGCAGAAAGGGCUUGCUGCUGCUAGGGCCUGCCUCCUUCUGGCGAGCACUGGCUGCGGCCCCGCCUGGCAGCAGCGCCAUGGCCCAUCUGUAGCGAAGCAAACUCUUCACUUUCUGUCUUCUGCUGGAGAGACAUUGUGUUUGCUGCUGGGGGAAAAAAGUGUUUCUUUUGCUGCUUCUUCGGUUGCCCCUGCCGCAGCAGCAGCAGCAGCACCUGCUGGUACUGCUGCUCAAGUGUCAGCUGCUGGCUCCGCGCUUUCAGAGGAAACAGCCGACGCCAAACGCCGCCGCGUCUUUCCCCAGGCGCAGCAGCAGCAGCAGCAGCAGCAAGAGCCUGAGGGCGAAUUGCAGCCCCCAGAAGAGCUACCUGGUUUGCCUGUAGAAGAGUCCCAGAGCAGCAAAGUUGAGAAAGUACUGUUGCUGCCUGCUUCUUUCUGCAGACUCAUAGAGAAUAUUUCCAUUUCUUUAUUCAAGCUGCAUGCAGAAGCCGGGGCCCUCCCGCGGGCUUUGCUGCCGAAAGCUGCUGCAGCUCUCGGAGCCGCGCUGCGGGCUUUGCUGCGGGCAGCAGCAGCAGAGACCGCCGCUGCAGCAGUAGCAGCUGCUGCUGUUCUGCAGGGCACAGGCGACGCGCAGCCCUUCGAAGCAACGGAGAAAGACACGGGAGAAGACAGGAAGCAAGGCCAGCUGGAGGAAGCAAAAGAAGCAGCAGCAGCAAACACAGAAAGCCUCAAGGCAGGAGGAGCAGCAGCUGCUGCUGCGAAAAGUCUCAUCAACCAAACGCUGCUGCUGGCCCUCGGCGAAGCAGCAGCUCUGCAGCCGCCGCCCGCUGUCUCCGUCGCAGGUCUCUGGCGAGCCAUUCUGGGGCUGGAGGGCGAAGCAAACAGCAGCAGCAGCAGCAGCAGCAGACAGGCUGGCCCUUUGGGGAAGAGGAAGAGAGACUCUUGGGGGGAGCAGCAAACAGAUCCAGGAAGCAAUGAAGUCCGGGAUGCUGCAGCUGCGGCUGCUUGGCUGCUGCCUCUUAGCCGAAUUUUGCUGGAGUCCUUUUAUUCCUUUUUUUCCCUAGGCCUGGAGUCCUCAGGAAGCAAAAGGACAAAUGCAAAUCUGCUGCCAGCCUUGGGGCCUUUGUUUGCACAAGCGUUGCUGCUGCUGCCUGCAGAAGCAGCAGACGGCGAGGCAGCAGCCAGCUGCUUCCUCUUUCAGCUGCAAGCCGCGUCGCUGCCAGCGAGCUGCAGCAGCGGGGGCGCCUCUUCUUUGAUGAAAAAAAAAAAAAAAAAAAAAAAAAAGGCUGCUGCAAAGCAGCGCAGCAGCAGCGGCACGGAGGCAGGCGCUGCUGAGGGCCUGCUGUCCCUUGCCUUGAGCUCAGUAGAGAGUUUGUCUCUUAAGGAGCUGCUGCAGCGGCUGGCAGUCUGCUUCUGCUGCACUUUCUCAGCUGCUUUUGUUCCGCGCCGGCUGCUGUGUGACCACUGGUCAGUUGCUUCUGCAGCUGCCUCCCUGGGGGACUGUAGGGCCCUACACAGCCCCGCAUGCAUGCAGAGAGUGCCAUUUCACAAGCAGAAACACAAAAGAGAGGGGCAGGUUGCUACAGCGCAGCGCAGCAGCAGCUCGAGCUGCUGCACAGCUGGACAGGCCGCUCUAGAGGCAGAAGAGCUGCUGCUUCUGUCCUUCUUGAGCGCUCCUCCCGUUGCUGCUGCACCUUGA